AUGAUUUGGACUGGCCUCCACCGGUGGAUGUGGAAAGAUGUCGCGUCCACUGCCCUUGGGAAGCGUGAUCGGCUACAGCGGAACCGUGCCUGGUGGCAUGGUUCUUCACCCGGACAAGUCGACGCUCGUCUAUGCGCUUGGGACUUGCAUUGUUUUGAGACACCGGGGCGAUGAUCACAACCAAGAGUUUUUGCAAGGACACAGCAACAAGGUGUCCUGUUUGGCCAUCUCAAGAAGUGGAAAAUAUUUGGCAACAGGACAGGUUUCGUACAUGGGAUUUACGACAACCAUUAUCAUCUGGGAUCUGGAGGAGCGAAGGAUUCUUCACCAGCUGAAUUUGCACAAGGUGAAAGUGGAGUCCUUGAGCUUUUCUCCCUGUGAAACUUUCGUGGCAUCAACUGGAGGUCAAGAUGAUGGGAAACUGGUCGUUUGGUAUGUGAAGUCGGGCAAGGCGGUUUGUGGCAGUCCGACGCCAAUCGACUAUGCUCAGUGCGUGUGCUUCUUCAAUUGCACAAGCACAAAACUCGUCACAGCUGCAUCAGCUAAGCUGACCAUUUGGGAAUUUGACGAGGGAAACAGGCAGCUUCGGCCAUACGAUUGCCAACUUGGUAAAAUCAGGCGAGUGUUGCAAACAAUUGUUAUUGAUAGUAAGGACGAGUACGUAUAUGUUGGAACUCAAACUGGAGAUGUUCUUCAGGUGAGUUUGGGUCCGAAAUUGUUUCAAAAUCAUGGGCCUAAGCAAAAGCUUUGCAUGGGAGUACAAUCUACGAUAUCGACGCCCUUUGACGACCUACUUGUCGGGGGUGGAGAUGGAAACAUUGUACUCCUGAGGUCUGGAACUUUGAAAACGGUUUCCUCUACCAAAGUUCACGGUAGUGUCACUGCAAUGGCCAAUGGUAAUGCUGAUCAAAGCGGAUCUUUCGAGUUCUUUGUUGGAACUUCCAAGAGCAACAUGUAUCUCGUCAAGUAUGAUGCAAAAAGGAAUAUGAUGGCCUCACAACUCAUUCAUACUUGCCAUUACGACAAAAUCAAUGACAUCGCUUUUCCAUCGGGCUACAGUGAAGUCUUUGCUACGUGCUCGAUGGAUGAUAUUCGUAUAUGGCAGCUGGAAAAGUGUCGAGAGCUACUUCGGAUUCAGGUCCCCAACCAGAAAUGCAUGAGCUUAGCAUUUAUGCCCGACGGAAAGUCCCUCAUUAGCGGCUGGAAUGACGGCCGGAUUCGGGCCUUCGGGCCACAAACAGGAAAACUACUCUAUACGAUACUCAAUGCUCACAAACUGGGCGUGACGGCAAUCACAGGCACAUCCGACAGUGGAAAGAUAAUCAGCGGUGGCGUGGAUGGUCAGGUGCGUGUAUGGAGGAUCGGCCCCCAAAGUCACAGCUUGAUCGCGACGAUGAAAGAGCAUGUCGAAGUAGUCAACGGCGUCCAGGUUCGAAAAAACGACUCGGAAUGCGUAAGUUGCAGCAGCGACGGCUCGUGCAUUGUGUGGGAUCUUACUCGAUUUACAAGAAACAACAGUAUGUUCGCGUCUACUUUCUUCAAGGCCAUCCAGUACCACCCUGACGAGAGCCAGCUUCUUACAACCGGAACAGACCGCAAGAUAACGUACUGGGAUGCCUACGACUGCGCGGCGAUCCGAAUCGUAGACGGAUCUCUGACCUCGGAGAUGACCGCGCUGGACAUAAGCCCCGACGGCACCGCGUUCGUCAGCGGGGGAUAUGACAAGGAGGUGCUCCUGUGGAACUACGACGAGGGCCAUCCUUACUUCACAGGGAAAGGACACAGCGAGCCCAUCACCAAGGUGAAGAUAAGCCCCGAUCAGCAACACGUAGUCUCGGUGGGGGAGGAAGGUGGCAUUUUUAUCUGGGACUACAAAGCUCCAACGUCGGCAUCCACGAGCCCCGCCAGCGUUGGAAGCCCAGCCAGCGGAAGCCCAGAGCUGUGAGGAAAGGAUUUGGAGAGAUCAAUCAAGCAAAGCGAAACGACCAAAGCAAAGAAUUCACUGUUAGAAAACGCAUCGUGGGUGGGACAGUAUAUAGAUACGGCGUCUUUUGUGUGGUGACACAACUGGCCAACAAGCGAGCGCACAGCCGCAAAGGGGAAAAGAGAGGAAAAAAAAAAGAGGGAGAAAGAAAUAAAAGGAGGAUCCUCAAAGUUUUUAA